UAGAGUAAAAACUAGACGAGUAGCACACAACGAGUAGGAAUCUCUGUUAGCUUUAGCAGUUUCGUUUCGUAAUUUUCCUGUUCUAAUUGAAAAAGAGGGCGUAUUUCUCUAAUAUUAAUUUCAAAUAUUACAUACUUACCUACGCUAAUUAUUAUGUUCCACAACUAUUGGAUCUAUUACGUUGUUUAGCUGUCCGUAAACUAGUUUCUUCGUGUGAACUGUGUGUUAGUUUCCAGCCCAAAACUUGGUCUCUGGUAGCAAGCAAUUAUGACAUGACAGCACGUCAAACCACACAGCGUCCAAGAUUUUCAAUUGAAAAGGGCGUGAUGAUUUUAACAGUAGUUUAAGAUAUCUGGGCUGCCCUGUACACGGGUUAGUCAUACGCGUAAGUGAGCGAAGUAUUCAGUAGGUCCGUCCGGUGGAAAGAUAGUAGGUCGUGUAGGCGUUUCGGUAUGUGGUACAACCAGGCUGUGUUAUGAAUGAGGAGGCACUGUUGGCACGGGCUUCCGAGGAGCGGGAGCGCAUAUUCCAGCGAUACGAGCGGGGUCGGGAGAACCUUGUCGGCCAGAUCGAUCCUUGGGAGGACCCCGAGUUUGAGGAGUACCACAAAACUGAUCGAUAUGGAUUCAUACACGAUGAGCGCUUGCCGCAGAAAACAGGGCCCCAAAAAGUCAAUAUUGAAGUGGAACGGGAGAAAAAAUGGGUCAAAAUGCUUACUAAUUGGGACUCACCAGCCACCAAAGAAAAACUCCAUAGGCGAAUAUACAAAGGCAUUCCAAAUUCACUUCGAAUAAAAGUAUGGUGCAAGUUGAUGGAUGUUAAUAGAAUUAAAUCUGCUAACCCUGGAAAAUUUCAAGAAAUGUUGAAACUGGCCAAGUUAUGGUCCACCGAUGUAAGGCAAAUAGAUUCCGAUGUGAACAGACAGUUUCGAGAACAUCAGUUUUACAGAGAACGGUACUCAGAAAAACAAUGUUCAUUAUUCAAUGUACUUUGUGCUUAUAGCAUGUAUAACUCUGAAGUUGGUUACUGCCAAGGCAUGUCUGGUCUGGCCGGAGUCCUGCUCAUGUACAUGGAUGAAGAAGACGCCUUCUGGGCGCUGGCCGUACUGUUGUCAGAUAAGAAAUAUGCCAUGCAUGGAUUAUACAUAGAAGGAUUUCCUAAAUUAACACGGUUCCUUGAGCACCAUGACAAAAUACUCACAAAGUUUAUGCCGAAACUGAAACAUCAUUUUGACAAGUUCGGUCUAGACGCCAUUCUUUAUUCCCUGAAAUGGUUCUUUGUUUGUUUUGUCGAGAGAGUGCCAUUUAGCCUUUGUCUCAGGGUUUGGGACAUAUAUCUGUUAGACGGAGAGCGGGUGGUCACAGCUAUGGCUUAUACAAUACUCAAGCUACACAAGAAAGCAAUCAUGAAGUUAAAUGAUAUGGAUCUUAUUGUAAAUUAUAUUCAGGUUAAGCUACAUAAAGACUUUAUGUUUGAAGACGAUAUAGUAAUUUAUCAUUUGGAGCGAUCGAUGGAAGAGCUGAAACGAGCCAAGCUCGACUACCCAGGUCCGCCACCGCCCAACGAGCUGCCGAAGCGCCAACUUGGCAUGUUUGUGGAGCCCGACAAAAAAUCCAAGAUUGGACAGCGGGCUGAAAAUUUUUCCGAGACUGAAAAACAGGCUAGAGCAACUGUGAUAUUGAGACGCGAAAAAGCCGCAAUGGAAUUGCAGGAGCUUCGUGUUUCCCAGAGCGAUACAGUGUCAGAACACUCCGGAGUUGCGGGGGGCAUUCGGUGUGACGAGUCGGUGUCAGCGCUGGGGUCGCGACGGUCCCUGGCCGACACGAGUGUGACGAGUACGGCUGACCUGAGCGUGUUCUCCAGUGGGCGCUCGCACGCGAUGGACAACUCCCUGGACACGCAUUCCAACGUCAGCGAUGACGCUACCGGGUCAGAUGGUUCGGGCAUAUGCGGGUUGAGCAUCCAACGAGCGCCAUCUACCGCGCAUUCGACGCCUCGCGCAACUCCUCACCCGCCUUCCGUGUCACCAGUUUCUGAUGACGUGGUUCGCAUACACGUGACGUACAACCCUCUAGCAGGAAGCCCGCACCUUCAUCCCGUCAGCCCUUCCAAGUACAAAUACGACGAACACCACAAACCAGUCGCCCUAGGUUUCUAUAGCAACGGAUCAACAAACCUCCCAUCAGACAAUAGAAUCCGUAUACAAGUGCCAUCGGAAGAAUUACUGACGCCUGUAGUCGAUUCAGGACGAAUUAUUACGUCUCGAUUCAUAGAAUCUCAUUCGGAUAUCUACGAUCUGAAGUAAACGAUUUCUCUUUUUUGUAAUGGCCAGUUAUUUUUAAUAUUGUAAUUAUAGGUUAUAUUAUAUUUAAUUCAGUUAUUCUCGCUAUUAGUUGGACACAAAACUUUUGUACAAAGUAGGAUCUGUAUUAGGUGUAUUUGUAUUUAUUAUUUUAAAUAGAAGCAAUAUUGUUUUAAGAGUGUGGCUUUACACGGAUAGUUUGGCAAUUGUAUACAGUGACUCAGUGGGUAUUAAAUUUCUGUGAAAACGUGUAACGCGAAAGUCUAUUAUCUCACUAUUACGGAUUCAAAUAUUUUGCUGUUUAGCCAAUAUGUCAAGCUGUCCGUAUAAAACCUUUAUCAGCUUUGUUUUACUGCAGCAUCUGCGCAUUUUAUUUUUUAACACUUAAAAACAAAGUCUGCUUUUCUUUGCAAAGUAUUUGCUAACAGUCACCAUUAUUUUUCUAUUUUUUUUUAUAAGGCGUAUAAUGAAUAUCUGAAUCGUUGAUAUUGAUAUGUUGCUAUUAUGAUAGACGGAUAGAGCAAGGGUACAGUCAGACAUGGCAAAAGUGUACCACAUCAAAUUGUUAUAAUAUUGCACACUCAGUAUUUUUUGUAAGUAUUCGUAGCAAUAGCAGAAAAUAAAACUAAAUGUCGUAGCCUCCGCUAGUUACACUACAAUAGUCAUUAUCAAUAGACAAUAGUUUAAAACAAGUUAUCACAAAUAAUUCACUAUUUUUUUUACGUUGGAUUAGGGCCGAAAAACGGCUUGCAAAAACCAUUCGAAAAUACAAGAUACUUUUUGUAUUCUAGCUUACGGUUCCAUAUAAAUACAUACAAACCAGUAGUGCAGCUGCGGUCGACUUCAUGCAGUCGGCAUGUGCGGUCAGCAGUCGCAGCCGACAGCAAGAGUUCAAAACGUACUUACCUUAAUUCAGAAAGUCGUUAAAUUCAUGUCAAUUGACUGUGAUUUAUCAAUUAUCCAAUAACUAAGUAAUUCAGGUUUUUUUUUGCAAAAAUAACAAUAAAAGCCACACAUAGACAAUAAUAUAAGGAAUACAUUUACCAUUCACGUUAUGAAAUAAAUGAAGGUUUUAAUAUUGAAGAACCUUAUUUAUACAAAACUUUGCACAUGCUAAGUAAGGUAUUAUAUGUAGGUAUAUGUAUUAUAUAUUCUUCUUUUUUGUACUUACAAACGGAGCUAAUAAAUAUGCUAUUACGCCUAUUAUUAUUCAAUGUUCUGCAAUAAUUUUCAAAAUAAAGAGUCGUACUCUAAACUUUCGUUACUACGUUAUGUAUGUUCAAGUAUUUUUGAUGUUGGUACGUAGAUUGCUAAAUGUUUUUAGAUUUGUAGAAAAAUUCUGUGUGAAUUAAAUAUUUUGUUAGAAAUAAAGCCAGAGAGAGUCGUCUCAGUCGAAAUUAUUAUUAAUGUAUAACAAAAACUAUAAGAAUCUCUAAAAAAGUACGGAUUUCUAUGCCUAGAUCUGAUUUUAUGCAAAGAUUCAAAAGAACUUUAGCUAUAAAAAGGUGUUGCCACUUAAGUAAGCUAGAAUAUCUCUGUAAUAUAUCGUAGCUUUGACCACAUUUUUUAUUACAUAUACUUCUACCGUUCAAAGUAUUUCAAGUUUAUAUAAAUGUAAAUAUACUCUUUCUCUUUAAUAAUUUUCUUUUGUAAUCUCCGUUGUCUAAACUGUUAGAUGUAUAGGCAGAGUAAGUCUAGGUUUUAGAUUCCCUUCAAAUAACUAACCUCCAGUGAGAAACGCAAUAAUGUCAGUUAAAUUGUUACUUGAAUAUUUAAUAUAAUAGUUGUAAGAGCAAUACAUAACGUCUGUGUUUUCGGUCAAUAUACAUGUAUAUUAGCAUUAUUGUACACGCUUCGAAGGUAAUAUUGUUGCUAACGUUUUUAAUUGUCAGGUUUUCAUUUUUCAAGUAAAAUUUAUAAAGAUAGGUUUAAAUAGUUCUUUAGUUAAGCUAGUUAAGGUAUUUUUAGUGUUCAUCGACGGCUUGCGCUGAAUACAUGUUUGAUGUAAAUGUUCACGAUAUUUAGUUCGAGUCCUUGCGCAUUGUAAAUUAAUAACAAUGAUAUUCUUAAUGGGAUAUUUUGUUAAUAAUAAUGAAAGUAUUCGCGCCAGCCUUGUUAUGACGUUCUAAUAUUCCAUAGCUGUUGAAUGUUUAUGCAGUUCAUAUUUACGCAAUAAUUGAUAUUACAGAUCUUCCAUAUUAUAACAAAAAUGAUUAAUGACGAAGGUUGUUUUUAUAGCAAUUCUAUAAUUCAAGGAUGAAUCUCACAAGAGGCCUGAGACGGCCUUAUUAAAGUUAAUAUAUAUUUCAAAUGUACUAUAAAUAGGACGAUAAGAUCUGUAAGAUCUUGGAUAUCCUGUGAUAUACCAUUGUUAUCUGGCACCUAAAUAUUACCUUUUGAAAUAAAUAAAUCAGUUCUCAUGACCACGCGCAAUUAUAGAUCAGGCGUCCAAAUUAAAGAUCGAUAAACGAUAAUACUCGUGCCAUUUGUAAAUUAAGGAUAUUCAGUUUUUAGUCACUAUGUUUUUGUAUAUGACUGUACUUCAAAUAAUUUUGUAAAUGCUCUGUAUUUUAGUAUAGAAUUGGCAUUAGUAAUUUAUGUAAGCUUUUAUUUUGGUAUCUAAUAUUAAGGACAAUAGACAGCGAAUAUUCUUAAUAGUACUUCACUUCCACGUCUUCAUUUUUGUGAUGACUUACAAAUGCAAUAAUGUCAAUUUGUUUUUGUACUGAAGUAGUGACCUGUAGGAACAAUUCUAUCUGUAUUCGAGAACAGUAUCAGGACACAAAUAGAUAUGGUUCCAUUUUUAGGGUUCCGUACCUCGAAAGGAAAAAACGGAACCCUUAUAGGAUCACUUUGUUGUCCGUCUGUCUGUCUGUCUGUCUGUCUGUCUGUCUGUCUGUCUGUCUGUCUGUCUGUCUGUCUGUCUGUCUGUCUGUCUGUCUGUCAAGACCCUUUAUCUUAAGAACGCGUUUACGUAUCAAGCUGAAAUUCACAUGAAAUACUCGAGUCUAUUGCCCCUUUAAGCUGUGAAAAUAUCAAACUUCUAAGCCAAGCCAAUCAAAAGAUACAACCGAUUAUGUCGAUAUUUUCAACAAAUUUUCGACACUCGCAAAGGAAUCAAAACCUACAGGGUACUUCCCGUAAACUCAGAAUCUUGAAAUUUGGCAUGAAGCAUUGUCAUAUAAUGCAAAUAUAGGAAAAAUUGCGAAAAUCAAUUUUUUUAGUUAAAUAAUAUUAAUAAAAGUAUUUUAAUAAAAUGAAACUUACUACCUUAUUUCUCACGAACGAAUAAAGGUACCAAAUUGAAAUUUAUACCAAAUACCUAGGUCUAUUGUCCCUUUAAGCAAUGAAAAAAUCAAACUUCUAAGUUAAACCGAUCAAAAGAUACAGCAGUUUUACCGACACCUUAGACGAAUUUCCGUCACACGCUAGGGAAUCAAAACCUACAAGGUACUUCCCGUGAACUCAGAAACUUGAAAUUCGGCACGAAGCAACGUUAUAUAGUACAGAUAAAGGAAAAAUUGCGAAAAUGAUAAAUUUGAAGUUACAUAAAAUAUAAUUUUAAAAUAUUAUUUUUGCUUACAUGACAUAAAAUAUUUUUUUAAUGAUUAAACUUACUACCUACCCUUUUUCACAUGAACGCGUAGAGAUAUUAAAGUUUUGAAUAAAAAGUGAAAUUCAUAUCAAACACUUCUUAAAUAUAAUUGCCUCUAAACUGUGAAAAAUUUUAAAUCAUUCAAAGGUCAUUGGGCACCAUAGUAUGGUAACCAUACCCACGGCGGAUACGAACGAAAUAUAGCACAGUAUAAUGAUAUAAGGCUCUGAUUUACUAUGGCAUUAGUCGCAUCAAUGUGAACCAUGGGAAUCUAGAGCAAAUCAGGUGUAAACAUCAAAUAUUUUCCUCAUUUCAAUGGGGAAUUUAAACGACCACGUUUGACGGAUUUGAGAAAUCAUUUCUUUGUAGUGAAAGAGUAUCAGGCAGUCAAACCUAUCUAUGUAGAAAGUCUUCGCCAAUACGAAUAAAAUAAGCCCAAGCGCGUGGUAGUUGCAACACGCCGUUCAAGAGUUCCCUCGACUUUCUGUAGUCUCCAUAAUCAAAUCAGCUCCAAACCUUCACCGUUUACCAGUACCCUCAAAAAUACACUCACAUGUCUGAUUAUGACUCGAUGCGUGCCUAUAAUAUUCAAGACUUAACCUCUAAGAGUUGACCUCGAUUUCUCAGGGUUUCCAGAUUCUCAUCAGAUCCUGGUCAACCGAAUUGGCAUCUUCCUUCUUUAUGAAAAGUCUUUAACAAUAAAAAUUAGCAUUGCAACCUGUACAAUCCUCUGAAACUGCUUGUCUUUUAUAUUUUUCAAACGAUCCUGGACAUUCGUCUCAAUGGAAUUUUAAUAAAAUAUUUAUAUUCAAAGAAACGUCAUACCAUUCUCCACGAUUUAAAACUACUUUGAUUCAUGUCCGCCACUUUUUACAAAGCGGGUCAGAUAUGCCCAAUGACCUUUAAGACAUAAUUAGUUAUUUUCAAUCAAAUUCCUGAAUGAUGACUAUAAAAUGUUGUAUAUAAAUAACUUUAAUAAAAUAACUUUUACAAGGUACUGGCCUACUAUUUUAGUUAUAUUAUAAAAUAAAAAAUAUUAACUAUUUUGACUCUCACGAAAUUACCAUAACUAUGAUUGUUCUAAACUGAACGGUUGGCGCGAGACUCACUUUUUAUCUGUACAGGAUUUGUACGGAACCCUCGGUGCGCGAGUCCGACUCGCACUUGGCCGGUUUUAUUUUAUGACGAGAUCUGCAUGUAUGUAGAGGUAGAUGACCAUCAGAGAAGUUUGCGCUAAGUGCUAAAUGAUAUCUCGCCUUAAGCAUGAUAAGAAUAUGAGCAACCGAUCGAAGAUGACUACAAAAACGAAAGUUGCGGUUAAUAAUUAAAUGCAAUAAUUUGGCUAAGUUCGUGCUCACUUUUUCAUUUCUUGGUGCAAAACGGAAUAAGUAAUCUCAAAUUAGACGUCCGUCCAAUUAUUUUUCAAUUUUUAUAGACUGAAAGCUAUUGUUCGGUUCACUUUAUGAAAUAAGCGCGCCAUUUAUUUAAAUAUUUAUUUGCAUAGUUAUAUAGAACUUAAUUGAAAAGGAUAUAAAAGUCAUUAUGUUAAAUAUGUAUAUUUGACGUAGCAAGGAAGUCGUGGACGAUUACCUUAUAUGGAUGUGCAUAUAUUUUAGUGGCAAAGGCAAUGUGUAAUAUAUCAGUAAAGGCGAACUCCUAAAUAGUGAUUUAAAUUUUUUGAUGGACGUGGAACUGUUAAUACUCCUGAAAAACAUGUUAAUUGAAAAAGACAGUUGGCUACGAAUAUUAUUUGAAAAUAUAAAAUGCAAUAAACGUACAAUAACAUGGUGUUAACAAAGAUCUGCAAACAUUUAAUUAAAAUAUUCAUAAGCAACUUAAUUUAUAAGAGUACGAUAUUAUUUAUGUCUUUUAUUAAUUUGUAGAAAUACCGUCGCACCUAUUUACCCAAAUAAUAUAUUAAUUACUAUUUGAAUUCCAUUUUUAGUUAUUAUAUUUAAUUUGGAAAUAUGAUUUUUAGUCUUAGAGUUAAGAUCGCAUAAGUUAAAACCUUCAAUUAAAAGUGGACUAAAAUAGUGUAUUAUACAAUUAUUAAACGCUAAGAGUCCAAAAUAGAAAUAAUGUGUUUGUAAAAGCUUAACAUUAUUUUUCACUAGGUGCUUGGAUCUACUUUCAGAUUCAGAGCUUUUCCAAAACUAUAUUAAGUACCUAAUUUUAUUUCUUACUAUACUUACUAUGAAUGAGUUCAAGGGUAGAAAAUGUAUGUACCUAUUAUUAUAUUUUGACUAUUAUAUUUUGACCUACCUAAUCAUUUUUUUUUAUAAUCAGGCAAUUUCCUACCAAUGUUUACGAACGAACGUUUGUUCUGUUACUUACUAGGUAUGUAGGUGUUAGGUAUUGUCAAAUGUCGCAAUUCUAGCAUAGCAGUCGCCUAGAUCUAAAUAUUUUAACUUACCCAUCGAACGUAAUCUGUAAUUAAAUAAAAAAAUGGAAUCAGGAAUUGUUUUAAUCUAAGAAAUAAAUGUUAAAUGUAGCACUCUAUUGUUGUAUGCAUAGCUGUCAUUGGCAAGGAAGUUGUCACGUUUGGCGCCAAAUUGGCACUGAACUCCAUUGAUAAAAUCUUUUUUUUUUUAAACCUCGACUGUGAAAGAAAAUAGUUCUCACUAAACAGUCUUUUGUCAUUAAGUCACACGCCCUUUGUAUAUUAUAGUGAUGUCCCAAACGUAACAGCUUCCAAAACAUGUCUAUAUAGAACUACAGUGAGAAUAGUGCCUGCACGAAUUUUGUUGUUAUUCAAAUUAACUUCCCUUUUAAUCGUAACAUAGUUGUUAGUACCUAGGAUACGGUCAGCAUUUUCGAUAUUGCCUAUUGUUAAACGUUUAAUACCAGAAAUAAUUCUCGUUUGGUAUAUUGUACACCGAGUAUUAUUUUCGUAUCAUAUUUAUUUAGUGUAUUCUUGACUUUAGCUGUAAGUCUAUGUUUUAAAAGAGCGUAAGUAGAGUUACGUUUAUAUUCGUAAUUGAAAUGGAAGGCCUGUAUAAUUUUAAUUAUUAAGAGGUGCUGCAAACAUGUCUGGGAGUGCACGGUGGGAUUUAAUUGUAUAGUAUCGAGACGCAAGCUGGAUAGAAAUUUAGAUUUGGAUUUGUGACUAUGCAAUGGUCUCUAAAUUGAGUGUUGUUUAUGUACGUGCAUUUAUUGUGUAUUUGAUUUGCUAUGAUUUUAUUAAGAGUCAAUAAAAGUAUAAUGUUAAUAUACGAGGUUCAUUGCGUUUAUUCAGGCAUCAAUGUUGACUAACGGCCGACGCGCAUCUGGCGAAGUGCAGCAUAUAAAUCAACUAAAAUCUAAAAUCAACUACACAACUUUUGGAAGUAAUCCGUUCUUAAAGUCGCUAAUGUUAAUUGAUCUUAGCUAUUAUUUCAAUGAGGACAAUCUGGAUAAUACACAGUCAGCUCGACAGUUAAAAUACGCUACACGUUCGGCCAUAUGUGCGGCGGCCAUUAUGAACGACCAAUGCACUAAGCUCAAUGUUAAGAUGUCGGUAGUUUAAAUUGUUUAGCGAGAGCCUCGUGUUAAAAUUUAUAUAAUUUCACAUGCUAUUCCCAAUUCUGUGAUUAAUAAUUUUUGAAGCAAUAUUUUGGAUGAAAGCUCGUAAUUGAGCUACAAUUCCUGGCAUAUACUUAUGGUGUUAUUGAACAUGUAAUAAAAAUGCUAUACGAGCUAAUAAAACCGAUCAAUCAAAGAUUACCUAUAUUUAGUAGGAAAUAUGCUAAAUUCAUUACAAUCAAUUUACUAAACCGUGAUACAUACAAAUUAGAAAAGCGUGAACUUAGUAAUUCGAUCACAGCGGAAUGAUUAUUGUAACAUCUUUAUAACUUUAUGGUAUGCAAAUAAAUAUGAAUAUGAUAGCAUGUGAAAAUGUGUAAGCAAGUCAAGGUAAAAAUUAUAGCAAGUGAAAUUAUAUUUAAAAAUUUUGAAAAUUUUAUGUAGUGCGUGCACAUUUGUCAUUGUGUAAUCCUUUGACGUGAACUGUCAACCAUACGUUACCGCCUCCAAAAGUAAGUAAGUCAUUCGUGUUUGUAAUAUACCUAUCUAAUUUUAUUUUAUUUCAUACGAACUCGUACGUUCAUAGAACUUUUUAGUUGAUCGCUGUUGGAAGACGUCUAUAAAAUUAUAACUUUAUUGUUAAGCUAGCAGUGAGCUCUCUUGAGAAUAUUAGCGAGAAUAGACACUGUUCAUAAUAAAUAUAAUAAUUUUCGA